UCGACGCCAUUAUCGAUCAUCGAGCGAUACAGAUCACCACGUGCGAUUCAAAAAGUGCUCAAGUGCGAUUCUUCACUGUUCAACAAGGCCAAAUCAUGGCCAGCAACUGUGCACGCGGCCAGGAUCACUAGGUGGCGCUCAGAACGACGAAUCAUCCAUCGGUAAAGAGGAACAACUCUCCACACGUUACCGAUCAUGGCUCACCCAUCAAAUCAACGGAGAAAUGGAGCGAGAUGCAAGACAGCUCGCAAGAAUCCCUGGAGGUGCCUGGGAAAACGAGGUUCGCUCGCACCUCUCCCGUGCCCAGUGUUACGGAGCCAGUGAGGCGCUCACCGUCACCACACGAGCACGCAACUCGCUCAACUGCGACAGAUCAGCUGCCGAUCGAGUUCCAGCUGAAGGUGAGAACGCAGCGAUGCCGACUCGGCAAUGCUCAAGGCAUUCUCUACUUGCUCAAGGACGAUUCAGAGCGUCUUUCCAAGGAGAAGUUGGACGACGCCAAGGCCCAGAUCGACGAGGCCAUAAAAGUGUUCAACAAGGAACAUGCACACUUCGAGGUAGUGUGGCCAACGUCGCAGGCAAAUCACCCCUACUUCACCGAUGACUGCCACUACCAGAUGCAGCAGUUCGGUAUAGUAGCGAAGAAGAUCAUUGCGAAAAGAUCAGUGGAGCUGCCUGGUCAGACGAUCGCUCAACCAGGGAAGGUGACCUACACAAAAUCGAAGCUGCUUGACAUCGAGUUGCCACGAUUUACGGGCAACUACACGGAGUGGCCAUCCUUCCUUGAAUUAUUCAACUCCGUGGUGUGCGGCAAGCCAGAGCUCGAGCAGGUUGAGAAAUUCUAUUAUCUCAAGGGAUUUUUUUUUUUUUUUUUUUUUUGUCAGAGAGGAAAUACAUUUAUGUACGCAGACCACCUCCUGGUUAGGGAGUAG